CUUCGGCUGGCUACUUCCGGUUCAACGGCUGUUUUUUCCUGCGGGAGAAUAAAUAACAGAUCUGUCGUGCGGCUCGGCGCAGCUGUAAUCUAGACCCCGACAGUCGGGGCUGAACAAGAGGGUGUGACACAAAAAACAGCUGCCAACCAGUCCGUCCAUCGUGUUCACCGGCAGCCCACCGUCCAUAGCCGCGGGGAGAUGACCACCGGAGGGGCGGGCAGCUAGUCGACCGAAUAACGCGCCUGCACCGCCCGCCCUCUCGGACCAGACGCAGCAGCGUCUCCGCGACUUUAAACGUGCACAUCGGCAGCGGCGGCGAAGUGACGUCGGCUUCUCUUUCCCCCAAAACAACCCGCCGUCGACAUGUCAAAAUACACCAGCUUCCCAGAGCCGAUGGACGACCACAACCCUUUCCAAGACCCCGCAGUGACUCAACACAACAGCAACGCAGAGUACGCCACCCUGGACCUGUACAACCCCUUUGAUAACACCACUGGGCCUCCUCCUCCAUAUGAAGCCACCUCUCCCUCUGCUCCAGCUGUGCCUGCACAGACCCCACCCAGUAGGACGACACCCACUGAGCCUCGCAACUAUGGCUCCUAUACCUCGCAGACUGCGGUGAAUGCUACCACAGCAGAGCUCUUGAAGAAGCAGGAGGAGCUGGAGAAGAAAGCCCGGGAGCUGGAGAGAAGAGAGAGGGAGCUCGAGUCGCACAGCCUGGGUCCGGGAGCCUCCCGUCAGAAUAACUGGCCCCCGCUGCCGUCAUUCUGCCCGGUGGGCCCCUGCUUCUACCAGGACAUCAAUGUGGAGAUCACGCAGCGCUUCCAGCGCAUCGUCACCUUCAUGUACUACUUCUGGAUGUUAUGCACUUGUGCGCUGCUCUUCAACCUCGUGUCCUCCCUGGCCAUGUUCUGCGAGGACCCCUCGGGUGGUGUCGGCCUGGGCCUAGCCAUCCUGUGGGCCCUCCUCUUCACCCCCUGCUCCUUCAUCUGCUGGUACCGCCCUGUGUACAAAGCCUUCAGGAGUGACAGCUCCUUCAAUUUCUUUGUCUUCUUCUUUGUUUUCUUUGCCCAAGUGGUCAUCUCCGUCAUCAUGACCAUCGGUAUCCCUGGAUGGGGCUUCAGCGGGUGGAUCGUGAGCCUGGCGGCUCUGAAGACCAGCGUCCCCGUCGGUGCGAUCAUGAUGAUGAACGCCGUCCUCUUCACCGCCCAAGCCGUCAUGGGGGUCGUCAUGCUGAAGAAGGUCCACAGCCUGUACCGGCAGACCGAUGCCAGCUUUCUGAAGGCCCAGGCCGAGUUCGCCACCGGAGUCAUGUCCAAUCAGACCGUCCGACAGGCCGCCACCACCGCAGCCACCAGCGCUGCCACGAGCGCCGCCCAGGGGGCCUUCACCGCCCCUCGAUAGAGAGGGACGAGUGGGGGGGGUGGGAAGUGAAGGAGGUCCCAUCCCACUUGAUAGAGGAUCUGUUUGGUAUUUAUUACCCCACAGGUGAUUAGAAUUUGAUGGGGGGGAGGAUUUGUGUGUCUAGUAACCCUUGAGCAACUGAACAUCAGGAUACGUGCAUGAGAUGGAGGUGGGGCUUUUGUAAUUUAUAAAGAUGUACAGGACCAGUGAGCUACUUUGCCAAACCGGGAGUCAGUGUUGUGUUAAUGUGUUGAUCCAGGAAACGGAAAGCUGAAAUGUGAAAACAAUAACAUGCAGAAGAAGCGGUAUACAAUGCUGCACAGUCGUACCUCGAGUCAGCGGAUGCGAAGAAAGAGACGGGCUGAGUGCCAAGUAGCAAAGUUCUAGUCUGGUGGUUGCUUUUUUUCCCCUUUUUUUCUUUUGUUUUUAAAUGACUGUGUUUACAAUGAGCCAAUGCUUGAGUUGGAGCUGAACACAGAGCUGUUGCCAGGCUAUCAUUUGAUCCAGAACCGAGCGGCUCAAGAAACCUUUCGUGCAAACUAACACGCUUUGUUGUGAUCAUUCCAGAUGAGAAUGCCUCUUUACCGUUUUGCCAAAACCUCUCAUACUGUAAAGAUGAAGUGUUCCGGUAACAAUAUAUCUGUCACUGUUCUGUUGGUGGUGCUUAUGAUUAUUACACGUCACUGUCUUGGUUUUAAUAAAACAUGUAUUGUCAUGCUUA